AUGACUCCUAACAAGAUGAUAAAAAUAAAAUCCCUAGGAGUUAGCUUGUUAGGCUUUUGUUUAAUAAGGGGGCGGCUCGCCAACAACCGCCAGGUCCGCAUGCUGUCCGACCUCAGCCUGGUGGGAUGCUACAACCUGUCGGUCAUGCCCGAGGAGCAGAGAAAUAAGGUUCUGCUAGACAGUGCCAAGGAGAACCUGAAGCGGAUGGCCUUCUUCGGCCUGACCGAAUUUCAGCGGAAGACUCAGUAUCUCUUUGAGAAGACUUUCAACAUGAACUUCAUCUCGCCGUUCACGCAGUACAAUAGCACAAGGGCCUCCAGCGUGGAGAUAGACGAGCAGACUCAGCAGCGCAUCGAGGCCCUCAAUUUUUUAGACAUGGAAUUGUACGAUUAUGCAAAAGACCUGUUUUUGCAGCGGUACCAGUACAUGCGGCAGAAGGAGCACCAGGAAGCGCGGCGGAAACGCCAGGAGCAGCGCAAGAUCCUGAGGGCGAAGCAAGCGCACCUGAGAGAGCAGGGCGAGAACAGCUCCAGCACUGACUACAUAGGGAACGUGGAGCGGUGGCGGCGGGAGGGAGAUAUUAACAAAAAGAGGAAACGGGCUAUCACCGUGACAAAGGCUUUGACAGCACAGGGAAAACGGCAUGUUAACUCGGCAUCGGGCAGGCUGAAGCUGGCUGUAAUUGAUUUGGUUCAGCCAAUCCAAGCCCAGGCUGCUGGCCAGGCCCUCUUCCCGCCCCUUGUAUUCCUGCUUCCUCCUCUGUGCAGGCACUGGUGCAGAGAUGGACAUCUUGAGACCUGGUUCAAGGAGCUGAUCUGUCUCGAAACAAAUCACUGGCCCCCAGCUGCUUGUUCCUGA